GUACUUAUCGAAGCCGUAUUUGGUGAAAAUGUGGUGUUUACUAUUUUCACAGUGCUAAUGGUUUAACAGAGCGAUGAGGACACUUUAACAACAGCGUAUCGUUUUAAAUUUAGUGUGUUCUUGUAAAAAGAAAUGGGGAAACCCAAGAAAAAGAGUGACCUCAGCCGAGCUGAACUGAUGAUGAUGACCAUCGCUGAUGUCAUCAGACAGCUGGUUGAAGCCCAUGAGCAAGGCAAAGACAUCAACCUCAAUAAAGUGAAGACCAAGACCUCGGCGAAAUAUGGACUCGAAGCUCAGCCCCGACUGGUGGACAUCAUUGCUGCUGUUCCACCUCAGUACCGCCGGGUCCUGGUGCCCAAACUCAAAGCUAAGCCCAUCCGCACUGCCAGUGGAAUUGCAGUUGUAGCUGUGAUGUGUAAACCCCAUCGAUGUCCUCACAUCAGCUUUACAGGAAACAUCUGCGUCUACUGUCCCGGUGGACCAGACUCUGACUUUGAGUAUUCAACCCAGUCUUACACUGGCUAUGAGCCAACAUCCAUGAGAGCGAUCCGAGCUCGCUACGACCCGUAUCUGCAGACCAGACAUCGAGUGGAGCAGCUGAAGCAGCUGGGCCACAGCGUGGACAAGGUGGAGUUCAUUGUGAUGGGUGGGACCUUCAUGGCUCUGCCUGAGGAGUACAGAGACUUCUUCAUCAGGAACCUCCAUGACGCCCUGUCAGGACACACCUCCAACAACGUGGCUGAGGCCGUCAGGUACUCGGAGCGCAGUAGCACCAAGUGUGUUGGGAUCACUAUAGAAACGCGGCCAGACUACUGCCUGAAGCGCCACCUGAGCGACAUGCUGAACUACGGCUCCACCCGACUGGAGAUCGGCGUUCAGAGCGUUUACGAGGAUGUGGCCCGCGACACCAACAGAGGUCACACUGUACGAGCCGUGUGCGAGUCCUUCCACCUGGCUAAAGACGCCGGUUUUAAAGUGGUUGCCCACAUGAUGCCGGACCUGCCGAACGUGGGCAUGGAGCGGGAUGUGGAGCAGUUUAUCGAGUUUUUUGAGAACCCAGCCUUCAGGCCCGACGGGUUGAAGCUCUACCCAACCCUCGUGAUCCGAGGCACGGGUCUUUACGAGCUGUGGAAGACGGGGCGGUACAAGAGCUACACACCCAGCGCUCUGGUGGACCUGGUGGCCCGGAUUCUGGCGCUGGUUCCUCCCUGGACUCGAGUGUACCGGGUGCAGAGGGACAUCCCCAUGCCGCUGGUGAGCUCCGGGGUGGAGCAUGGGAACCUGAGGGAGCUGGCCCUGGCCAGGAUGAAGGACAUGGGCACUGAGUGUCGAGAUGUGAGGACCAGAGAAGUGGGCAUUCAGGAGAUCCACCACAAAGUCAGGCCUUACCAGGUGGAGCUCAUCAGGAGGGACUAUGUGGCCAACGGUGGCUGGGAGACGUUCCUGUCCUACGAGGACCCGGAACAGGACAUCCUGAUCGGCCUGCUGCGGCUGCGUCGCUGCUCUCCUCAGUCCUUCAGGCCGGAGCUGAAAGGAAGCGUGUCCAUCGUCCGUGAGCUGCACGUGUACGGCAGCGUGGUCCCCGUGAGCAGCAGAGACCCCAGCAAGUUCCAGCAUCAGGGCUUUGGCAUGAUGCUGAUGGAGGAGGCCGAGAGGAUCUCCAGAGAUGAGCAUGGGUCGCGGAGGCUGGCCGUCAUCUCAGGCGUCGGAACAAGGAACUACUACAGGAAGCUGGGCUACGAGCUGGACGGCCCAUACAUGGUGAAGGACCUCUACGGUCCAGGAAUGGACUGAACUGGGCGUAGCUUUAUCUGGACGGUGCACACGGAGACACCGCUGCUUUUAUUCAUCAACAGGGACACGAUUCUUGCAGCGAAUGCAGGGAAACGGUUCCAGCCUCGGGGGGGGGGGG